AUGAUGAAUAUCCUCGCUCAUCUGGCAUUGUUCAGCCUCGGGAAUGUUGCAGUCAGGGCAUCCCCCCAGGCCUACAAUGAGCACGAACCGCCGUCGACUGUCACCGUCACUACGCGUGCUCUCCUCUGCUGCCAUCUCAAGUUCCGUCCCAACAUCGGGCACAUUCACAAACUCAACUGUGUCGCCCUCUGGCCCUUCAUCGAGCCUACCAUACAGCAUCACCAGCUCGGGUGGAUCCGUUUCUUCUACUCUUCUCUCUAUCAGCAUUUCCGUCCCUUCCAAUUCCACGACGACGACGAGCGCUCUCAGCAGUGA